UUCCAUUCUUGCCCCUAGUUGGUUCCCACCCCCGGGUUUUGCCCUUACUUUUCGGGCAUGCUCAGUUUUGCCCUUAGUUUUUCCCCUCCGUCAGCUCGAAUGCCCUUCUGUCACAGCUCCGCUUGGUCAGCACCGUUUGACCGUGACGGCUCGACGUUUUGGACACAUUUGCCCCUGGGUUUGAUACCCCCCACCUGUUUAGUCGUCUUCUAGCUCCCGCUUCACAAGAAAACAGAGAAGCGGCUGGGAAGAGAGGUGUGACAUCGUGGUGUGGGGAGAGGUGGGAAGGACCAUGUCGACGUCGGCCAUCUCGUCGGAGAACUCGCCGCCGGCAGCCGAACAGGUGGAUGGGGUAGGCAUUGUUCAGCACAGCUCCGAGUUCUACUUGGCAGACUCGACAUACUGUGGCUUGGAGCCGCGCUCGAAGCAUCGUUGCCCGAGGCACCAGCUAAUCCCGGCUUGUCGUGUCGCCUGGGGAGGCGCAAGCACUGGACGUCGUUUUUUGGGUUGCCCUCUGGAUUUGCCAGAUGAAUGUGAAUGGGCAGUUUGGGUUGACCCACCACCUCCAGAACGUGUUGGUCUUGCCUUUGAAGAACUGCACGAAGUGAUCGAACAUAGCUGGAUCAGAAGUCACCACCUGGAGAAGAGAUCAAUUGAUCUUGCGAAGAAGAAUCGUGCAUUGAACAAGGAGUUGAAGAAAAUGAAAGAAAUUAUGUGCAUAGGGACAAUGUUGUUUGCUAGCAUUUUCAUUUGUUUUCUAGCAAUCUCAAUGGCUGUCUGUGCACAGAAUGCACAUUAGUUUAUGAUCUAUGUAGCUCAAAUGCACUUGUUAUGUUAUGAAGCUGUAAUGAACAUAUGAAGUUGUA